UAAGCUGACUGUCUUCAUCAGCACAGAGAAGCCUGAACCAGAAUACAGGAAUACGUCUCUGCAGAGCACAAGGCAAAGGAAAUUUCAAUCAAAAUCCAAUAAUCAGACGAAUGGAUCCCAGCCAGUCUUUCAAUCAGCCUCCAGGAGCCUGGAAUUCAUCUGAGAAAUCAGCGAUGUUACAUCCUUCAGCACCACCACCAGCAUACCAGGACAGUUUUGCUGGAUGUUCUCCCUCCUUUCCAAGCCAGCCAGUCCCCCAAGGCCCUUAUGCCCAGGGGCCGUAUUCAGGACAAACUGUGGUCGCUGUACAGCCUGCAGUUUUUGUGACCGCUGCUCCACUGGCCAGUCCAGUGCCAGAUUAUAUGGGCUACUCCAUCUUUACCAUGCUGUGCUGCUGUUUUCCUCUGGGCAUUGCUGCCCUGAUUUACUCCUGCUCUACUCGAAAUGCCAACUACUCAGGACAGCGAGAAUUAGCAGAGAAGAACUCCAAAAUGGCAGUCAUCCUAAAUCAUGCUGCCCUUGUUAUUGGCCUCGUUCUCAUUGUACUGUUGAUUAUCGUCAAUAUUUUUGCUGUUGAUAAAAGCUGAUAGAGCUGUCAUGGUUGGAUGCAGAUUACAAACAGAUUUGAUUCUCUGCAUUGCAAAUGCUAUUUUCUCAAUGUAUCAUUAUAGCCUACAACAUGUGCUUUAAGGCUGAUUAUUGCAUGUUAAGACUUUUUGCUUAUCUUGUAUGCAGCUGUGCUAAUUUGAGUUUUUUACAUACAGUUUUAUUAUGUAUGUACAUAUAUGGGCAUAAAUCUAUCAUAAAUCUGUCUGUCAACCCACGUUUUUUAACCCUUUUUAUCAUGCGGGCAACUGUGUACCUGCCAAUUUAUGAGAAAUUAAUUU